GUUUCAAAAUAAAAUCAAAUGAAACGCUUCAGUUUACAGGCGCUCAUGUCCUAAAAUUUCACGAGGGUUAGCUUUUCAUUUUUUUUUAAAGUUUGUAAUAUCUUUUUAUAAUAUUGUUUAAAAUAAAAGAGGCGUCACCACUAGACCGUUUGCUGACGCUGUACGUAGUAAACUGAAGAAAGACAAAAAGAAGGACCUGAAGGACUUCUGAUAAAAAAUAGUUCUCAGAAAAAAUGCGUGAAAUUGUGUACCUCCAAGCAGGACAAUGCGGAAACCAAAUUGGAGCAAAAUUUUGGGAAGUCCUCUCCGAUGAGCAUUGUAUCGAUGCGUCAGGAUCCUAUUAUGGCGAUAGCGAUCUGCAAUUAGAACGUAUAAAUGUGUACUACGAUGAAGCCAGAUCUGGGAAAUACGUACCGCGAACCGUUCUAGUGGAUCUCGAACCCGGUACCAUGGAUGCAGUCCGGGCAGCCCCAUUUGGUCAGAUCUUUCGACCGGAUUGUUUCGUGUUCGGUCAGUCGGGGGCUGGAAACAAUUGGGCUAAAGGACAUUAUACAGAAGGCGCUGAGCUGGUCGACUCUGUCCUAGACGUCGUGCGGAAGGAAGCUGAAAGCUGUGAUUGUUUGCAAGGCUUCCAAAUGACUCAUUCACUUGGUGGUGGAACAGGGUCCGGAAUGGGAACAUUACUGAUAUCGAAAAUCAGGGAGGAAUAUCCAGAUAGGAUUAUGGGAACGUUCUCGGUGGUUCCUUCCCCGAAAGUGUCAGACACUGUUGUAGAACCAUAUAACGCCACAUUGAGCAUACAUCAGUUGGUUGAGAACACUGACGAGACGCAUUGCAUAGACAACGAGGCGCUUUACGAUAUUUGUUUCAGGACCCUCAAACUGACCACUCCCACGUAUGGUGACCUGAACCACCUGGUGUCUGCGACAAUGUCUGGCAUCACAACAUGUCUGAGAUUUCCGGGUCAACUGAAUGCUGAUUUAAGGAAGCUGGCUGUUAACAUGGUUCCAUUCCCGCGGCUACAUUUCUUCAUUCCUGGCUUCGCACCACUCACUUCGCGGGGAUCGCAGCAGUACCGGGCUAUAACAGUACCUGAGCUGGUGCAGCAGUUGUUCGAUGCGAAGAACAUGAUGGCUGCAUGUGACCCUCGUCACGGCAAGUACCUGACGGUGGCCGUUAUAUUUCGUGGAAGAGUUUCAAUGAAGGAAGUCGACGAGCAAAUGCUGAAUGUUCAGAACAAGAACAGUAGCUACUUCGUCGAGUGGAUUCCAAACAAUGUGAAGACAGCGGUGUGCGAUAUUCCGCCACGAGGUCUGAAAAUGGCUGCAACAUUUUCAGGAAACUCCACAUCGAUUCAGGAGCUUUUCAAACGAAUUUCAGAACAAUUCACGGCCAUGUUUCGUCGCAAAGCAUUUUUACAUUGGUACACUGGCGAGGGUAUGGAUGAGAUGGAGUUUACCGAGGCUGAGAGUAAUGCUAACGAUUUAAUAAACGAGUAUCAGCAGUACCAAGAAGCGGUUGGGGAUGAAGAGGGUGAAUAUGAAGAGGAAGAAGGUGCAGAAUAAGUGAAAGUAGUAUUUAAUUUUCAAAAUAUAUACGCGUAGUUUCUGCAAUUCCCAUUAAUUUAUGAGCGCAGUUGAUUUAAAACAAGGACAUGACACAGUAAAUCCUGAAUACUCGUUGCUUGUAAUGUAUAUUUUUGAGAAAAUCAUAUUUGUGACAUGUAUGUAUUUUUAGAAAUAAAUUUUUUUAAAGGGACUAUUUA